UUUUCUCCUCCUAAAAUGUUUUUGUUCCAGGUUUCAUCAUCUUUUGCCACAGGACCCAGACAAUAUGAUGGCACAUUCUAUGAGUUUCGUACCUAUACUGUUAAGCCAAAGAAGAUGAAAGAGUUUCUGGAGUUGACUAGUAAAACCAUUCACCUCCGCACAGCUCAUUCUCCCAUGAUCGGCUAUUGGACCUUGGAGUUUGGAGGACUGAAUAAAGUAUUCCAUAUUUGGAAGUACGAAAGCUUUGCGCAAAGAACUGCUGUCCGAACAGCAUUAACCAAAGACCAAGAAUGGCAAGAAAAAUAUAUAUCUCAAAUGUUGCCCUUGUUAGACAAACAAGAGAAUGAAAUUGCUUACCUAGUGCCCUGGUGCGAACUUGGCAGCUCUGAAAAGGAUGGAGUCUAUGAGUUGGUUACCUUCCAUAUGAAACCUGGUGGGCCCGCAGUGUGGGGACAGACUUUUAGAACGGCAAUUACUACUCAUGUGAAGACUGGAUACACUAAGCUGAUUGGUGUAUUCCAUACAGAAUAUGGAAUACUUAACAGAGUUCAUGUGCUUUGGUGGAAUGAGAGCCCAGAUAGUCGAGCAUCUGGAAGACAUUAUGCACACGAGGAUCCAAGAGUAGUUGCUGCUGUUCGUGAAAGUGUUCGGUUCCUGGAAUCUCAGCAGAACUGUCUCCUGGUGCCUACAGCAUUCUCACCAUUGAAAUAAGUUUUUGUACAUUGUAGCAGGGAAGUUUGAAAAGCACUUUUCUAUUACACUGUUCGACAAAUCUUACGUGGUGUCAUAACCCAGCCAUAUUGUUUUCCAGUCACAAAAUUGGCCAAAAGCGCAACCUGUAUCCUGUUUUUGCUUGCAGUUAUUGCAUGUUGAUUGCAUGAUGACGGGGAGCAGGAUUGACCCAUUAAUUGAGAAUCCAGAGUUUAUUGAAUGAUAACUGGCUUAAAUACCUCUGUUAUCUUAGGUGGCUGUGAAAACUUAGGAUUUGUGUAGAAAAUGACAGUGCUGUAAAGAACUCAAAAGCUGAAACGUGAUUUGAGAGAGGUAUUAUUUCCCAUGGUGUACACGUUUCUUUUGCACCACUGCCUUGUCAACACUUUUCGGAGGGAUCUGAAAUGAUACAAGUGGGGGAAAUGGGAUAUAUGUCCUGAACAUUCACGUUUUUUCCAGAAUGCCUUGAAUGUUCCAAAACCACUUUUCAGCCUUUCUUUUACAAAAGCUAUUAUCAGCCUAAGAGCGACACUUACAUGUUGAAUAGUUCCAUCACCAGGUGAAGCCGUGACAUUUUAAAUUUUGUAUGAGUUAUCUGGCAGUGGUUGGACUAAAACUGGAUCAAAGACACCUUUGCAAUACAGUUUAGGUAGUGGUUAGGUAUUAAACAGUGUUCAAGGAAAUCAUGAAAAUGGCCUGCUACCCCUUUUCAAGAAUAUACGUUAUGCUAUAUGGGGACCUGGGUAUCAGUUUCAUUUGAGGUCCAAGCUGUUUUUUUAUUAUUAUUUUGUUUCAGUAUAUGGUCCACGCAAUUCUUUCCAGGGAAAUAGACUUAACACUGGCUUGCUACAGUGCUGAGACUGUGAAUAAAUUGUUUCUGAACAACUGGUGUACAUUGGAUAUUAAGGAGCAUGCGUGUGCUUGCAUGUUUCGAACAACCACAAAGAAAGGCAGUUCCUAGAAUGUAAUAUUAAAAUGUAUACAUUAAAAAUGGUUAUUCAAGUCUGUA